UCAACGUCCCCUUAUUUAGGACACGUGUGAAAUAGCAGCCAUUGUUUACUAGAAAUAGUGCCGAAGGGAAAAAUACACAAAAAUGCAAACAUUGGUAAACGCAUUUAUCCGUUGUCUCUAUUUUCUCCUCCCUCCCUCUUGGCUUCAUCUUGGAGUUUGCUGGUGGAUUGGGGAUGAGUGCGGAAAGAUGACAUGGCCCAAUCCCAGAGCGCGUUUCAAAAGCAGAACGCUUCUUACAUAUCAGGAAGUAACCUUACAAGACGGCUCCAUCCCCUCGGUCUCCCCAGUUCCUAGCUGCGUCUCGCUAGCUGCUAGCUCCACGCCACCCCAGGGUUCUCCGUGGGGUAGAAUUUGGGGGCUCUGGCAAGCUGUGGAGCGCAUCUUCGGGGCUUCCUUGGCCAUCCACCGGUGUGGGUGUCAAAAGCGUCGAGGUGUGUGUGCCCCGUAUUCUUGCGACUUCAGUUGUUGUAUUACAGGGAAUAAAUGCUUUCAUGAAAGCACUACCACUGGUGUAGCCGAGGAGGAAGUGAACGAACCGGGUGAAAACGCAUUUAUUUCGGGUAAAAUGACGAGUGCCACCAUGGAGUUUCAGAAACAUAUCGAAUCUGCAUUAGUUUCGUCAGCGGGACGGGAAAUCGACGAGGUAAUAAUUGUGGAUCAACACCUGCAGGAGAUGGGGACUCAAGUGAUGAUAACAGUGGCUAUUCAAGCGGCAGACGACGAGGAACCAGAGGAGGAGGUGUCCUCAAACAAUCUCGAUUUCCUCGGAGGCAGCUGUAGUGAAGACGAAUUUGGAAGACAUGAUAAAUCCAGUGGUGCUGGCACGAGUGGCGGUGAGCUGGAGGAGGAGAGCUGGCAGCCCCCAGACCCAGAGCUGACCCAGAAGCUGGUGGCCCAGAUCGAGUACUACCUGUCGGAUGAGAACCUGGAACACGAUGCCUUCCUGCUCAAACACGUCCGACGCAACAAGCUGGGCUUCGUCAGUGUCAAACUGCUCACCUCCUUCAAGAAGGUGAAGCACUUGACGCGAGACUGGAGAACAACUGCAUAUGCUCUGCGCCACUCGACAAUACUUGAGCUAAAUGAUGAGGGGCGCAAAGUGCGUCGCAGAUCAACAGUGCCUGUGUUUGCCAGCGAGUCUCUGCCAAGCCGCAUGCUACUACUCAGCGAGCUGCAGAGCUGGCCAGAGCUGGGUGUGGCGAUGGAUGGUGGGGCUGGUGACGGGAGUGAGGGCGGCGCUACCCAACAGGAACAACUGAUGAAGCUGCUGCUGAAAGCGUUUGGAACAUAUGGAGCCAUUGCCUCUGUGAGGGUGCUGAAGCCUGGCAAGGACCUGCCAGCCGACCUGAAGAAGCUGAGUGGCCGCUACACACAGCUGAGCACUGAGGAGUGUGCCAUCGUGGAGUAUGAGGAGGUGGAGGCUGCAGUCAAAGCCAACGAGGCUGUGGGCAGCGAGGAGGGGACAGGGUCUCUGGGGUUGAAGGUGGUCCUGAUCGGCACCAAGCCUCCCAAGAAGAAGGUCCCCAAAGAUCAGCGUCAGCGCGAGGAGGGAGUAGGAGGAAUGAGGAAGAGCCACUCACUCAACAGCCGGGUACGGGAGCUUCAGUAUCACGAAGACUCUGCCUGUAGCUCCUCAGAGACUGAGAGCAACCCCACCUCCCCCAGACUGGCCCGCAAAUCCCGCUCUGUCAAUAAACUAAGUCCCACUGGAGGGGGUGCCACCUUCCAGAACAAUCACCUGAGCCCAGCUGUGUCCCCACGCACCAGCCCCUGGUCGAGCCCCCGGGCCAGCCCAUGCUCCCAACGCAAGUCUCCCCACUCCCAUAAGUCUCCUUUGGCCAGUGAGGGCAGACUGAGCCCUGAGGCUGGGCGACGUUGGGCGGACUACUCCUCGGACAGCAGCCUGACGCCGUCCGGUAGCCCCUGGGUCCAGAGGCGCCGGCAGGUGGCCUCCCAGGAGAGCAGCCCAGUAGGGAGCCCCAUGCUGGGUCGAAAGAUCCAGGGUGCAGACGGGCUUCCGCCAGGUGUAAUGCGUCUACCGCGUGGGCCUGAUGGAACACGUGGUUUUCACUGUGGUGUGUCCAUUGGUGUUGCUGAGAGGGGAGAGAAGACUGCUUCUACCCAAACUUGACACUCAGACACCCCCCCCCCCAGUUCUAAAGCAGUACACUGAGUACAGCGAUGAGAUUUGGCCCAAUCCUUUGGCCACUACAUUGACAUUCUUCAUCCCCUCCCCACAUUUGAAUUGUCGUAGAUUUGUUCUGUUUAAUCGUUGUUUGGAGAUUUGCCUGUCUGUUAUACUUUUUAUACAAUAUUUUGUUUAAAAACAUGGUGACUCCUAAUUUAUGAAUAUUUAAGAUACAUUUUGAGUUUAUUAAAUUCAAAAUUGAGUACUGCAUUUGACACAAGUAAUGGUAUUUGUCACCUCCCAUUGCUAUCUAAGGUGUUGAGCAUGGGGCGGGGCAGAGAUUUACUUCAGUAACCCUAUUUUACUUUUUUAUUGGAAAGUUUCCAGUGUCAGUCUUAGUGUGUAAAAUCUCAUUUUGUAUGGAUGGUGUGGAUAUCACCAUAUGCCUUUUGCCAUUUUUGUCUAUGGAGACAUUGAGUGUCUAUUGAGUUUGCUCCUUAAACUGUGGCCAUACUUUCCCUGCCAGAAGGUUGAACAGUUAUCACAUGGACUACUUUAUUUUUCCCUUAAAUUUUAUAUUUUUUCCUGGAUGCCUAACUUAAGCUUCCAAAGUAGGGGUUACUCUCCUAGCUCUGCAAAAAAUUAAAUAUUAAAUGGGGGUCCUUGGCUGGAAUCUGUUUCUAUCAGUGUAUAGCCUUUACCGAGUCCCCAACAACCUGGUUUUCAGGGGAAAUGCAAAGAGCCUGAUCAGACUUCUGCUUUUGGACGUUAUAUCAAGACACUACUCCAUCUUAACUCCUACACAUUUACUGAAUUGGUUGAACAGUGUAGAAGAGAACCUCCCAUGACACUUAUUUUUCUUGUCAAGACCAGUAUAUAGGGGAUCUGGUUUCAGGUGUUACUUUUACGGGUUGGGUUAAUCAGUGUGUAGCAUGCUGGUAGUGGGGGAUGCAAUGUUCAGGUUUGAGUGUGCAAAAUGGAGAUGCUCUUGAACUCUUGACAUCUGAGCUGGGGUAAUGUGCAUUUUCUUUAUUGUACAAAAUAAAUCACAAAUUGCA